AUGGACCUCGUCAACCACCUCAAUGAUAGACUGCUUUUCGCAGUGCCCAAGAAGGGUCGCCUCAAUCAAGCAUGUCUUGACCUCUUGACCGGAUCAGACAUCAAGUUUCACAGGCACAACAGACUUGACAUUGCACUCGUCAAGAAUCUGCCAUUGGCACUCAUCUUUCUGCCAGCUGCGGACAUUCCAACUUUCGUUGGCGAGGGACGUGUGGAUCUAGGAAUUACUGGCCGCGAUGUCAUUGCUGAGCACGAGGCAGUCUCGCCUGCGAGUGAGACGACAGGCAUUGAGGAGAUUAUGGACCUGGAGUUUGGCCAGUGCAAGCUUCAGGUUCAAGUGCCGGAGCAUGGCAGCAUCCAGACACCCGAACAGCUUAUCGGCAAGAACGUUGUGACAAGCUUCACGAAUCUCGCAGGAAGCUAUUUUGGAGGUCUCGAGGCAAAGGCUACUGGACAGACCAACGGUGUAACAAAUGGCGACGCCAAACCGAAGCUCCAGACCCACAUCAAGUUCGUAGGAGGAAGUGUUGAGGCAGCAUGCGCGCUUGGCGUUGCAGAUGGUAUUGUGGAUCUUGUUGAAUCCGGAGAAACGAUGCGAGCAGCAGGCCUCAAGGCUAUCGCAACAGUGGUUGAUUCUACAGCCGUUCUCAUCAAAUCGAAGCACCCAUCGGAUCCGAAACUCGUGAACCUGAUCACAGCACGUAUCCGCGGUGUCAUAACAGCCCAGAAGUACGUGCUGACUACCUACAACAUUGAGCGGAGGAAUCUCGAGGCAGCGAAACGAAUCACGCCAGGCAAGCGUGCUCCCACAAUCAACACAUUGGAUGAGGAAGGUUGGGUGGCAGUCCAAGCUAUGGUCAAGCGUAGCGAUUCGGCUAUUGUUAUGGAUCAAUUGACUGAGAUUGGAGCUGUUGACAUUUUGCAGACAGCGCUGUCGAACAGCAGGACUUCGUAG